ACAGACCGGCUGCGGUCUUUUUUUUUAUUGAUUGUUUUUGACGCUCGAAAAAAUUAAAUUUACAUUUUAGUCCGGCGAUCCGUUGGCCCUAUUUGACAGGAAAUCGCACUAUAACAUCAGAUUUAUCCUACCUGUCUACAAAAUAAUGUAAAUUCGCAUUAGCCGGAGUUUAUAAGCCAAAUCCACACAUAAAAUAAUUAUUGCGGCUCUAGGCAGGCAGAAUAAUUAUGUACAAAAUUAUCAUAAUACAUAGCCUCAAUAAAAAACUUCUGAUGCGGGUCAAAUAAGAAGAGUGUGUUUCCUCCCAUCUACAUUGCUGUUUUGAUUGGAGCCACCCCUAUGGCACGCGCCUGAGCAAAAGCAACCCCUGUACGGCGCAGCUGAUAUGACGUUUACACUUAAUCCACCCACGCAAUUUAGUAUCGAAUUAUUUAGCAGAUAGAUGCUUGGAUAAACACUUGCUGCUAAUUAGAAAUGUGAAACUAGGCAGGCAAAGGAUUAAAGAGCUUGAGCUCAAUACAUUGAAAUAACAACAAAGCAUUGGAGUAAACCAUGGAGGAGCUUUUAGCGAACAUUGCAAAGGAAGCAGAUUACUGCAAGCUGCCUGCGCUGAAAGCUGCUACUCUUGAAGCAGUUGAAAUUUUGGAUAGACAACAUGGAAUGCUCAGAGAUCAGCCAUACGAACUGCGUACCAAGUGCUUUGCAGUUUUGUUGCUGGCCUUCGAGACAAAACGAAGCAAAUUCGUCACCUAUGGAAUAAGCGGGUUGCAGAAGAUCCUGCGGGACGAUCGGUUCCACUCCAAUUAUGAACCGGAGGAUGAUUCUCUGUGGCUCCCAUCACAAUUGCUCCACAGCAUCAAUUCCAUCCUGUCGCAGUCCGACGACACUCAGGUCGACAUGCUGAAGGUUCUAUUGAACAUGGCGUGUUCCAACUACUGGACAAUGAACGGCCGCAUCAUUAUCCAAGUUCUGACGUUGUGUAGUGAAGCUUACGAGUCUGGAAAUCAAGCUGUGCGCACUGCAGCUCAAGCUGCAGCUAGUCAAACUUUAAGAUCCUUCUGUAACUUCUUAGAGGAUGAAAGUCAAGAGCUGAGCAAGUCUCAGUCAAGCUUGGGCGGUCUCUCUCUUGGAGUUUCCUGUUUCAAUGAAGUCAUACCCAUUCUCCAGUUCAUCUGCAGCAGAAUGGAAGAAGUCCAGAGUGCUCCUGCUGGACGCUCAUGCAGUGGUGUCGUGUUCCUCCUGGAGUGUCUGCACACUUUGAUAUCUAGUCUUCCGCAACAAACUCAUGCUAACAAGCACUUCACCACAUUCCUCUGGCAAAAAUUUUGCCCAUCACUAAUAGCAUUCCUAGGAUCCCCUCGAGUCGAUAAAAACAUUGUGUCGAGUAACAAGACUGAAGGAGAAAUGGGCAGAGGAUCCGGCUGCUUGGCGUCUGCUCUUAGUUUUGAUAGUCAUGAAGCGAAGACUGUUUACAGUAUUGGCACCCAGUUAGUCCGCAUAGUUGGUUGCGUUGGCUCGUUACGGCCAGUGCUAGAGUCAGUUUUCCACAGGAUGCUCCUCUACCCUCCCCCUCAACACAGACUGGAUGCUCUACAGGCGCUGAAGGAACUACUGAGAAGCCCUAGCCGAAUUGUCGAUUUUGCUGGACCAAUUUUAAUUCAAGAUGAUAAGGGAUCUCCCCAAAGUGACAUGAGUCUCAUGCGAUUAGUCAUGGAUUCUGUGGAAGAAAGUUGUCAAGUUCAAGACUCAAGCAUUCGUGCAAUGAGUGUUGCGUGCAUCGUUGCGAUGCUGAACUCUCUGGAAGAGUUGUGCUCUGGGAAAGGAAUAAUAGACAAGUAUGCUGAGAAAAUUAAUGCUACUUACAAGACCCUUUCUGCAAGUGAUUAUGAAGGACCUUUGACAUAUCAAGACAUGGCUCGUCUGCCAAAAAACUACAAAGAGAGAAUAGAAAGAGAAAAGAAAAUGAUAAAAGAAGCUGCUGCCCCUCGGGUUUAUGUGCACGGUGACGAAAGUGAUAGUAGUGGGAUUGAAAGGGGAGCCGACGAGGAAAGGGGUGCCACAAAUGAUGACUGCAACAGCCUUUCAUCUGGGGACACAGAAGGCCCUGAAGACGGUUCUGAGCGUGGAAGUGGAGGAAAUGGGUCUUUUGAACAAGAUGAUAUGAAGACAGAUGAAAUUAAUGAAACUGCAAAGAGGGUUCCAAAGACCUUACUUUUAGAGGAGGAAAGAAUUACUGGCACUGAAUACGUUGACACGGAACGUAAUAACGCCCGUUGCUUCUUCAGAGUUCUCCAGUCCUUUGUUCCUUCGCUGGUGAAAUUGCGCAGCUCGAUUGAAGUUGAUGCUUCUUUGCAAGAAUUUUCUUCAAAGUACUGCCAAAAUCUGCUGUCACAACAACAAGUACGUCCUGAAGAGGAUAGCUCUACGAAGACCCUUUCCAGAAUCUUGAUAGCAAAUGCUGAUGGCAUUUACUUAGCUACGUACAAUGCACUUUUACUAAAUCUGAAGCUGAUUAAAAUUGGCUACUACAGUGACAAUUCCAUUCCUUUGCCUGUCACCGAGCAUUACUUUGUUGAGGAUGUCUACAACAGCGGUGUUCUGGUUUAUCUCUCUACAGCAUGGCUUGCGGAAUUGUUUCAGCUAAUUUUAAAUUGCAAUCUCUUGGAGGUCUCUGGCUACAACAGCACUUCGACUAGAAGUGUAGCCCUCAUCAACCUUCUGACAGAUUAUGCAGAUGUUGACGGAUUGAGCAACAACAAUCAAGGAGGUCAAAUGCUUACCGACAUUUGCAAACUACGAAGGACAACCUCCGUUUCGGAAACAACUUUGGAAGUCGAGGCAGGAAUGAAACUGUCAAGACGAAUUCUGACCUGCUGCUGGAACUCCAUGCUGACAGUUCUGACAAACACAAUAGGCGAGGGCUGUUCAGAAACAUCAGGGGUGACAAGUCUUCAGCUGCUUUUGGGCACCGACAGAGCCAGAUCAAAGCACAAACUUGUGAGAGAGGCCGUCAUUGCAAGCCAUGAAGGUCUGCAAAUUGCUGCUCGUCUCAGUAAUAUUUUAGGCCUGCAAAGUAGGAGUGGGGCUGUGUUUGGACUUUUGGCCUCUGCAUGUUGUAAGGAAAAUCGUCACUCAAAACAAGAAGCUCAUAAACACAGGCUACGACGCCUCAAGCUUCUCCACAAGGGAACUGAAAAAUUGCACACAACUCAUGCGCUUAGUAUGCAUGUACUGCUUACUACUGGAUUGGAAGUGGGCAGUCACAGCACAGAUUGCUGGCAGCACGUCUUCAGGUGCUGCACUUACGUUUCAACUUUGGAGUACUACAUUUUCAGCCAAAAUGAAAAGUUGGAGAAGAAAACCACAGCCAUCCUUUCAAAGUCGAGCAAAGUGGAAACAACCUCAGUUGACAAAUUAGACCUUGAUGUUUUGGAUGAUGAACAAAUAUGUGAGGAUGUGUACGGAUUUUUGACGUCGAGCUCUGGAGUCGCUACCAACAAUUCGUCUAUACCAGAUUUGCUUCAGGAGAGCAAAGCAGAUGCGAACUCGCAUGGAGUUUUGAAUCAAAAAUAUACUGGCUUAGUUGUCAGCACAUUGUCACAGCAUGUUGACAGAAUAUUUGACGAGGCUGCGAUGCAACUGAACCUGAAGGCAUUGAUUGGGUUUUUAUCUGCACUCUGUUCAGAGAGCCAGUUACAGCUGUUUUCUCAAUCUGCUGUUUCUGCGUCUUCCGGAAAGGAAACUUCCAAGUCUAAUGCACAUUGGUGGCAGCAGUUGAUUACGUCUGGGCUUAAGUCAAAUAAAUUCAGUGAUGCUCUGCUCCUGAACCGAAUAACACAGGUGAUGCUGAAGUGCGUCAGGAGUGGCCGUCCACUGAUCCACAUUAUGAAAGCCUGGGCUAUUGUGGGUCCUCAUUAUAUGGAGGCAGCAUGCCACAAAGAAAGGAGCAUUUCCAAAAGGGCCAUAACAAGCAUUCAUGACAUUGUCACAACAUUUCUGAGUGACCAGUCUGAAUUAUCUCAUUUCCACUUCAACGAAGCCUUGUUCAAGCCAUUUGAAAAUCUCUUAUGCUUGGAGCUUUGCGACUCGGAUGUACAAGAUCAAAUCGUUUCAUCAAUCUGUGAGUUUGUUGAAUGUAACAACACAGAAAUUCGGUCUGGCUGGCGUCCGCUUUUUGGUGCUCUUCGAGUAGUUCACACAUCUUCCUCAUCGCUGGUACCAAAAGGAGAGGAGGAGCAGUCCAGUCAGAUGAACAUUUUGCUUGACGUUUUUGAAGUCUUUAUUAACACGGAUAAUCCCCUGGUCUUCUCAAAUGCAGCGAUUGAUUGCAUUCUUUGCCUCUUGAAAUACGUCAGAGGACCAUUUACUAAUGAUGAAGAGGUAACAGUUGCCUCUCAGGAAAAGUAUGAGAAUGACUGCCCAUGCGUUGAACUUUGCAUUGCGGCUCUAAAAUAUUUGCAACGUUGCUUCGAAAUUCUGUCUUCAAUGUAUAGAAUGCCUGCGUGUCCAAUUUUCCAUGCUGCACAUAGAAUUCAGCUUAACAGCACACUUCAGCUUGUGGAUGGGGUCAUACCCAACAUCGAAGUCACAUACUUUGAUGACCACAAGGAGGACACCGAAAUAUCUUACAAGCUACUGGACCCGACAGAGAAUUUGCCCACUAGAUCUCUUGAAACAAUGGACUGUGGAAGCGGAGUGCUCCAUGUGUGGCAUUUGCUGAUUGACGGACUGGCUGGUUGCUGCACUUACAGCUCUCGGAAGUAUCAGCCGCAUUGCUUGGACACACUAUUCAGCAUGUUGAGGUCGUUGAUGGAAACCCCUGGGCCAGAGUUUGGAUUUUAUUGUGUAAAUCACAUCCUCCUUCCAACCGUUCAAAACUGGCUACGCAAAACAGGCAGAAUUUUCAGAGGUUGGGACAAUUUUGCUCCCAAUUUCAAACAGUGCUGUGGUCUUGCUACUGACUUGGUUGUAGACCACCUUGUCUAUGUUCAUGACAACAAUCUUCAUGAAUAUGAACCUCAUGCCACACUUAUGUUGAAGCAAAUAUUGCUGCUGAUGAUUGAAUGCAUUGUGCAACCCACAGAAAGCAUUGCCAGACUUGGCUCUGCUUGUAUGAGGCACCUGAUUUUAUCUGCUGGGCCAGUUUUAUCUCCAACCCAAUGGAAAAUUGCUUGUCUGGCGCUACACCGAUCUUGUGCGAUAUCUGUCACAUCUCUUCAGCAACUUGUGGCGGCAUUUAAUGUAGGCUCGCAAAGCUUCUAUGGUGACCUGGCCCAAGUGAAAGUUGCAGCUCGGAGGGACUGCACUGCAGCUGAAAAUCAGAGACUGCUGGACUUAGCACAGCAAGUCUUUCUUCUUGAAAGUCAGCGGAAUCUCUCUGCAGCUCCCAUGCCUUUAGACGGGGAUGAUGAGAGGAGCUUCAUCUUUUUGCUCUACCCCCAUGAUAUGGAUUUCACCCUUAAUCCCGACUCGUACAUCAUUAGAGUGCCAUUCAGGAAUAUGGUUGUCGGUUUGCUAGCCCACCAAAUAUUACUACAAACCAUUGGUAACGUGCUUCUGCAAGGGACAUCCCAUGUUGUUCCGAGUUUGGCAAAUGUCUUGCUACAUUCACCAGCACCAACGCCAACACAAGAUAAAAAGGACUUUGGUGGCUCUCAUUUGUCUGGCAUGUUGAGUUUGCUCGCUCCCGAGCACAUCCAGAUUCUGCUUUCCUGUCUACAGCAGUCCUACAACAUGGCCCUUGCUUUUGAUGGCCGGCCUGGUCUAAAAUUUUUGAUGCAAAAAGUGGCACAGCUGCAGCGUGCGGCCAACCUGUAUCGUCAAGCUGGAGCUGCAUGGACCAUAAAAAUGGUCACUCUAUUUGAACUGAGCAUCCACACGCUGUGCCUAUUAGAAGAACAGGGACAAAAGUUGAAAAUCAAGGAUUUGAUGGCCUCUAACACUGGUGUUCAAAUCAACACCUAUUCAUUUGUGUGCAUGCUGCAGCAGAAUUUCAACAAUCUCUGUGACAUCUACAUUGAAAUUGUCCUUGACAGAGAUGGCCAGCAUUCAGUAGUUGACCAAAUUACUGAUCAGCCAAUAUUUUUCCUAAUUGCGAUGCCAGACGACUUUCCUGAAAUACAGUCUAAGGAGGAAAGCCCUAAAAAGUCUAGUCCGCUAGAAACAAAGGAUCUCAUUCCAAACUCUCCUAAAAACGAGACCGUCACUGAUGAUGAGGUGCAAAAUUCACCAUCUCGUGAGGACAGGAUGUCAGUCUAUUCCGUGGCCACCGAAAAUGAGAUAGCACAACUUUUUGGAGAGUAUAAGAAGCGGAAGCAAAAUCAUGCAAUGCCAGGAUCAUCUUCUGGGGCCAACUGGAGGAAAAAUCCCUUCAACACACAGCAGUCGUUGAGUCCAGACCCAACCAUCUCUCCUGAAAUAGAGAUGCAAAGAAAGAGCAGCAUUUUUAAAGACAGUGAAGCUCAUCGUCGAGUUUGGGCAGAGAUGCUGGGGUCAGUUUUUGAUCUAGUCGCACAGUUAGACAACUCCAAAUUUAAAGUACUGCUGCCAGUACUUUUUAAUGGAGUAAGGCGAUUAACCGCCCAUGCUACCGACUUAAAUCUAAAGCAAGCUUUGGCUGAGUUUUUCCACCGGGUGGCCAUGGCCUAUGGAUUCAGUCCUGAUGCAUAAUUGGAAUUCUUCCUCCUUUAUUUGUGAGUAUAAUUUCGAUUUGUUAUAUUCUCAUUUUUAUGAUCAUAAAUUUUUUGUUCUCAUUUUGACUUAUUUUUAAGUUAAUAAGAUCUUAAAAGUCACAAUUUACAAAUUAAACGAGAUCUUGACAGUCGCUUCAAUGGUUAAUCAUGCAAAGGGAUUAAAAUUAUCAAUAAAAAUAUAAAUAAUAUAUUAUAUACUCUCUAAGUGUCUUGUGCUCUUACUUAAAUUAGUAAGUCAAAUAAUGCCUUCAAAUCAGAAAUUGUCUAGGAAUCCAAACAGUUUUACUUUUCUUAAAAAAAUUAUCUUUGUGAGAUCUUUUAUUUUUGAAACUGCAAAUUUUCUCUAGUUUCUAACUUUGCUAAUCGAUCUUCUAAAAGUGCUGUGUAUUUAUGUGGCUUGUAGUGCUUUCAACAAAUGCGUGUAAUUGGGUUGAAGUUAAAAUUUGGUUGCUGCGCCUGCAGCAAAGCGUCUAAAGCUGUACUGCGUCUCUCAUUAGGAAAAAUUAGUUGUAUAUCUUAUAUAUAACAUCAAUAGUAAUAAAAAAACAAAAAAAGCUUAUAUUUUGUGUAUUCAAAAGAGCACAAAGACUAAAUAUAUAAAUAGUGACGGAAGUCCAGUAUGAUAUAAUCACAAUCGAUCACAAUAUGUAAGAAAAUAUAUUUUUGAUUGUUUAAGCGUGUAUUUGAAAAUACUGCCUAUAUCCAUAAAUAUUGAAAGCCUAUUACUUACUAAAUUGUGAAAAAUGAAGUGAUUUUUAGUUACAUUUUAAAAGCCAUAGCUUUGACGAUUUUUUUGUUGGUUAAUGCAAACUUUCUUGAAUUAAAAUUAUAUAUAUUUAUUGAUAUUUAUGCUGUAUGCUAAAGCAAACAAUUAUGUAUUAUAUUGUGAGUGUGUGUAUGUCUAGAAAAUGUAAGGUUAUAAAGAAUAAAAAAAA